CGUAACUGGCAUUUCCCGCUAGGGAGUUGACACAGUACACUGCAAAUUUUUACCAAGAUGGAUGAAUACGGAGCUUCCUUUUCGUUUUUUGCAUUGUUGUUUUCUCUCUCUGUAAACUAAUCCAUUUUCCCAAGGCCCCUUUGCUUAGCUGAAAACAACUUUACCUUUUCCCCAAAACGACUUUGUUUUGUUUUUGCUCUUCUCCAUACUCCAUCCAUCCCCACUGUCAAAGCUUUCACACACCCACACACACACUCGCCCCUACACGGCUACUAUCUCUCUCUUUCUCUCUCUCAUCUUCUUGAUUUUCUGCUGUACAAAAGGUAAAUCUUACCAUUUUCUUCAUCUUGUAGUUGUAGGUGUAUCUGCAACUGUCAUUUUCUUGAAAAUGUUAGCUUUUCUUGCUUUCUUGCUUUUAAUUUUGCUUAGCUUCUGUAAUGUUGCUGUUGUGAGUUCUGUAAACGAAGAAGGGAUAGCUCUGUUAUCAUUCAAGAAUUCCAUUACAGUAGACCCUGAAGGAACGCUUAGUAAUUGGAACACCUCUGAUGAAACCCCAUGUUCUUGGAAUGGCAUUACAUGCAAAGAACAGAGGGUUAUCUCUCUCAGCAUUCCCAAAAAAAAACUCUCUGGGUUUCUCUCUCCCUCUCUAGGAUCUCUCUCUGAGCUAAGACAUCUUAAUUUGAGGAGUAAUAGGUUGUUUGGGGGGUUGCCUUCUGAUCUUUUUAAGGUUGUGGGGCUGCAAAGUUUGGUUCUUUAUGGAAAUUCCUUUUCUGGGGUUUUGCCAUUUGAGCUUGGCAAUCUUGAUUACCUUAUAACCUUAGAUUUAUCUGAGAAUUUCUUCAAUGGGUCGUUGCCAUCUUCCUUGGUUAAGUGUAAGAGGUUGAGGAAUCUUGAUCUUAGGCAGAAUAAUUUCAGUGGCUCUUUGCCUAAUGAGUUUGGAAAGAAUUUGGCUUUGUUGGAAAAACUUGAUCUUUCCCACAAUAGUUUUAGUGGUUCUAUUCCUGGUGAUUUAGGCUAUCUAUCUAAUUUGCAAGGAACUGUUGACUUGUCUUAUAACAAGUUUAACGGCUCGAUUCCAUCUAGUCUCGGUAAUCUGCCUGAGAAGGUUUACAUUGAUCUCACUUAUAACAAUUUGAGAGGUCCAAUUCCUCAAAAUGGUGCUCUUGUAAACCGAGGGCCAACAGCCUUUAUUGGGAAUCCUGGACUUUGUGGUCCUCCAUUGAAGAAUCUUUGCUCGUCUGAUAGUGAGGCGAAUCCACCUUCUUCGUAUCCAUACUUUCCUAGCAACUACCCUCCGGGUAAGAAUGGUGGUGGUGGAAGGGGUUUGAGUAAGGCCGGUGUAGUUGCCAUUAUUGUUGGUGAUAUUGUGGGGAUCUGUGUGAUUGGGCUGCUGUUCUCGUAUUGUUACUCGAAGGUUUGUCAUUGCGGGAAGGGUAAGGAUGAGAAUGGCUAUUGUUUUGAGAAGGGGCGUAAAAGGUCAAAGGAAUGCUUGUGCUUUAGGAAGGAUGAGUCGGAGACUUUGUCUGAACAUGUAGAGCAUUAUGAUCUUGUGCCUCUUGAUGCACAGGUGGCGUUUGAUCUUGAUGAGCUCUUGAAGGCUUCUGCUUUCGUUCUGGGCAAGAGCGGCAUAGGAAUCGUGUACAAAGUUGUGCUCGAGGAUGGACUUAUCUUGGCUGUAAGAAGAUUGGGCGAAGGAGGUUCACAAAGGUUUAAGGAGUUUCAAACAGAGGUGGAAGCAAUUGGGAAGCUCAGACAUCCUAAUAUAGUAACUCUCAGAGCUUACUAUUGGUCUGUGGAUGAGAAGCUGCUGAUAUACGACUUCGUAUCAAAUGGAAAUCUUGCUGCUGCUAUUCAUGGAAAGCCCGGUUUGGUAGCAUUCACGCCUCUUUCGUGGUGUGUGAGACUGAAGAUCAUGAAAGGAGUUGCAAAGGGCCUAGUCUACUUGCAUGAGUGCAGUCCCAAAAAAUAUGUCCAUGGUGAUCUCAAGCCAUCAAACAUAUUGCUCGGACAUGAAAUGGAGCCAAAAAUCUCCAAUUUUGGCCUAGGCCGGCUAGCUAACAUAGCCGGUGGCUCUCCAACCUUGCAAUCCAACCGGAUGGUUUAUGAGAAGCCUCAACGAGCGCAGCAGAGCAGCUCAGCCUCAGAUGUUGCAACUUUCGCCUCAACAGCCUCGUAUGGCUCCUACUACCAAGCCCCCGAGGCAAUGAAAGCAGUGAAGCCGUCCCAAAAGUGGGAUAUAUACUCAUAUGGGAUGAUUCUACUGGAAAUGAUCACGGGCAAAACGCCAUUGAUCCAAAUUGGCACAUCAGAGAUGGACCUCGUGCACUGGAUGCAGCUCUGCAUCGAGGAGAAAAAACCCGUCUCUGAUGUCCUGGACCCGAACCUAGCUCAGGACGCGGACAAAGAAGAGGAGAUGAUUGCGGUUCUAAAAAUUGCAAUGGCGUGCACCUCAAGCAGCUAUGAGAAGAGGCCUUCGAUGAGGCACGUCUCAGAUGCCCUUGAGAGACUGCCGGCACCCUCCGAGUGUUGAAAGACUUAAUUUUUGAGCUAGAUGAUUUCAUUGGAGAAAGAUGAAUAUCACUAUUGUGAUGAAGCAGCCACAUUUGAGAGGGAAAAGUCUAUAGAAUCUCCUUUACUCCAUGGCUAGAAAAAAGGUCUAGUUGAAGGUUAGGUCUACUUUAAGAGCAUGGUGGUGUUGUAGGUUGUGACUGUUAAUGUGUGUAAGAAAGCUGUGAUUUUACUUGUCUUGUUCUUGCUCUUAUUGGAGACCUCAUUAUUUA